UUGUUAGUAUCGUUGUAAAUCUGUUUUUAUAGUUAAUAUAUCUAUGGGAAACAAAUAUAAUUCAUCCAUUAGGAACUGUACAAGGUAAAGAAUAAAUACAGUUAUAUAUCAGCUGUAAGUUUUAUAUAAUGUAUAUUCACAUUUUCAUGCAUAAAAAUGUCCUUGAAGGAACUUAAUUUACAGUUCAAAGUUAAAAGUUAAAAAUAAAGGUACAAAAUCGUUAUAAUCAAAAGGUACAAAAGAAGAAAUUGUUGUCCCAAGAAACUUCGAUAACAGAUAGAUAAUUUUGAUUUUCAUUUUUUAGAGGAAGCCCACAUUUGGAAUAAACUAAAUUACAUUAAUAUCAUGGUUUUUAUAUAUUAAUAGUUAUGUUUCUUUUAUUAAUGUAACUGUUCUUUACCAUUAGAUGAUAAAGAUAUCAGUAGACAAUCAAUUAGUAACUUAUUUUGUCAUCUUAUGCUUUAUCAAUAUUCUUAAAUAACAUUCGAAACAAUUUAAUGAAUUUACAUAUCUGAUUCUUCGUUUAUCACCCAUGAGCAAAACAUAAAUUGUAGAAUCAGAAAUUAUACUGACCACCUAUCUUCUUUUACAGUUUUCAUUUGUAAGUUUUACGUUACGAGAAGUGAAUGCAAAUGAAAGCAAGCAAAAGAAAAAUUGCAUUAUCAAACUAUACAUAUACAAUAUAUAAACAUUAUGUACACAGUAAUAGAAUCCAGAUCAUUCGCGCAAAACGAUUGCACAAAUAGUUCUCUAGAAUUUCAUAUCUGUGUAGAACUAUGUACAAACAGUGGGUACGAUUUUUCAGGCACUAUGCAAAUCUCUUAUUAUGUAACAAUGUUCAUUUAAAUUUCGCUUGCAAAUAUUCUACAAAAAGAAAUUAUAAGCAAACAUUGUUUUCCAAUUAAUCCAUCGAUCCAUGUUUCAUCUUAACUGUGACAAGAGAUCUCAGUUAACCAACUGACUCUAAUCGUUCACACUGGUGCAUUCAACAUAAUCAAAAUAUUCGUUCAACUUUGUUGAAUAUUAUGGAAGCAAUUUAUCUGAAAAAAUAAAUCUGUGUUGACGGAUUUUUUGUUAGCUCCAAGUAAUAUCGUAACCAUUCCAAUUUGCACUGGGUGCUAAAUGUACUCUUCUUCCUUUGUAGAAAAACGUAACCACUCCACGAUAUCCGGUUCUCGGUACUCCACUCUAUAAAAAUGUCGUUUCAUAAAAUUACUAAUGUGAUUUUUAAACCAUUAGGAAAUUACAGUUCGUACCCUGAAAUCAUCCAUUAAUCCAAACUGCUUGGCAGUAUUUUUAUAUGCUUGACGAGAAUAAUAAGGUAUCCGUACGGCGCCUGGUGCCAUAACUUUACCAUUUUUUAAUUCUGAAAAACUUACUACGGUGGACUGGUAUACAUCGUUCACAAAACUAAUGUCAUAAUUGUCCUACAAAAUUAUUAUAUGCAAUGACUACUUUUCUUAGCAGAAUUACAAGAUAUUUCUGGUCGAAUGCAAGCUCUGUUUCGACGUUGUUCGGGUUGUCUUAUCCAGUCGUCCCAAUAUCUGUCGCAUUAAAGAUCAAGAAACAAUAUUUAUCAAUCAUUUGAUGAAUUUUCAACUUACGAUUUCGGCCAUUUCGGUGAUAAUUCUGCCCACAAUUGACGCGUUAACAUCCAUCCUAAUCCAGGAAAGAAGUCUGUUCUAUAUAAUAUAUCUGACCCGUUUUCAUCGACCAAGCCGGCUUUACCGUUAUCGUUCCACGCCGAUACACACCACAGAGUAUUAUCAGAUACCAGUAAAGGAUAAGUACCCAAAAAGUAUUCAAAAAAAUCUGGGGCUACAUCCAAAUCAUCUGAACCGUUUGACGAUGCUGACAAUCUUCUGAUACAAUUAUUGGAAACUGUUCUACGCUAGGUCUAUACUUGAUCAGUUGAUCAAGACAUCUUUUUACAGUAACACGAUUACAAGAAAAUACCAAAACUGCUAUUAUUGGAGAUCCAUUUGGUAAUUUUCCUUUUGUAGGAACAUUGCGGGAGAUUUCGUUCUAUGGGUUCUGUGUAUAAGGGUUGCGCAUUCUUAUCGACAUUUCCCUCUUCCUUUUCCUCCUUUUCAGGGGAAACCUUUUCUGAAUUGUAGUUUGCAUCUUUCUGUUUUUCAUUUGGGUUUGUAUUUACUGUGUCUAAUUUUUCUAAGUCAAAGAAAAAUUGAAGGAUUAAAUAUUUGAUGAAAUAUAGCUAAAUAAUACUUGUUAUAAAAGCAUACUUUUACGUUGUUUAUCCUCUUUGAUAUCUUGAAGAAGCUCCUGAUUCAAUAUUAUUUCUUGCUUUAUUCUUCUUUCCAAUUUACUAAUUUGAUUGGAUACUCUAGCCUAAAGAACAAAUAUAUUUUAGUUAUACUCUAAACAUUGCUAUAAUCUUUAUACGUACAGUGUCUUGCUCCUUAUUCACUGGUUGAUCAGAAAUCAAAAAGUACGUAGUAAUUAAACCCCACAGAACAAGAGAGCCAAAAAUAAUACUGACUGACCUGUUCCGCAUGGCAGAACCAGGUGUCACCUCAUCUGAAAUAUCAAAUUUAUUAUUAAUAUGUAUUUAUAUUAAUUGCAUUAAUAAUAACAAACUCUCUAAGAAGGUGGAUCUAAAGCAUAGAGAGAAUUUUACCAAGAGGCAGUUAGAAAUCUAUUAGAUAAAUUUCAUCAACAAACAUGUAAUAUAUUAUUUAUAUAAAACACUUUUUUGGGUCUAUAAGGUUACGUACCAUUAUGUUACCCACGUAACCACUUAUUAUCGUUAUACUACGACAAGCAUUUUUCCUUAUAUGAAAGAUAAUUGGCUCACGAUAUUAUCGUCUAUAAACCGAUAAUUUCGUAAAGGCAAUAAAUAUAUCUGUAACGUCAAACAAUACAUCAACAAAGUCCUCUAUAAAUUAAACGACCAUGUCUUGUGUCUGACGCACUGACAAUAUAACUCCAUUGUUAAGUUACGCGGUAGACGUAGAAAAAAUUUCUCCAAGAAGGAAACCUAUGGUUUUUCCUUCUGAACCUUUAGGAACUUGCGAAUUUUUAUCCAGAAAAAUUUAUUCCGACCGUCUAGCGGAGCCACGUUCGUAAGAUACAUGUUUCGCCGCUACCGGCAAUAUAUACUGCGUAAAAAUUGAUUUUAAUCUAAAACGUAUUACGUGAAUAUUAUUUUUUAAAUGAUGUAAAAAGUAACAGUUGUAAGAAUUGGUCAACCAACUUAGCUAGCAGAACUGCGUGUAUGUAAAUAUAUAGAAAGGAAAGAAAUUAUAUAAAUUUGUUGUAAGAAAGAAUAAAGCGUAAAGAGGAUUCCAUUCAACCUUAUUUGGCGGUAAAUUUACAUUAGAAACAAUGUCAGAUAACGAGGAUGAACAACACAGAAUCUAUAGGGAAGACGCGCGAAUUCCGUGCAGGUAUGGAACAAAGUGUUAUCAGAAAAAUUCGGCACACCAUGAGAAAUAUAAACAUCCACCUACAAAAGACACGAAUACAAAAGGGACAGGUAUGAAAUGCACUGUAAGAAAUAAAAAAAGAAAAAUCAAAGACAGAAAUGAAGUACCAAAAGAUUCUCCAAAAAAGAAGAUGCAAAAGAAAGAUGAUGAUGAUGAUGAUGAUACAGUUGAUGAGAACUUACAUAAUACUGUUUCAGAUGCAGAUAAUAUGGUAAAAAAUGAUGAGAAACAUGAAACAGUUGAUAGAGAAUCAAGUCCAGAUGACACAAAUAAUGUAAAACAUGUAACCGAUCGAUGCACCAUUGCAUCACUGUUGAAAGACUGUAACAUUAGUACCGAGGAUGAUACACUGUCCAAAGAUGAUGUAAAAAUAGUCAUUUCUUAUUUGUUCUUAACUGAAAUGCCAGAUGACUUUUAUCAGUUUUACGAAUUCUGUAAAAGUAUUAAUGAGAAAGAUUGUUUCAAUGCAUUGAAAGAUCUUCAUAUACAAUUAGUAGGUCCUUAUGAUGUAUUCAGAGACAAAUUUUUAAAUUUCAAAGUUGAAAGUAAAGAGGCAUUAUUGAGACAUUGGAGAUACUAUUAUGAUCCACCAGAAUUUCAAACCAUUGUUAAAGUGGAUGGUAAGGAUGGUUUACAUUUUGGUUACUGGAGAGACGAAAUCGCUGAGAAACCUGUAUUUGUAGCAAAGAAUAAAGCAGCUAUCAACGGUCUAAUCGAAGCAGCGGCAGAAAAUAUAUUUGAAGCAAUCGAUGCCUACAUAGGAAACAAAUUGAAAUUAGCAAAUCCAUUUGAAAAAACUCGUAUAUCCCAGUUGCAUAAGAAAUUGAGAAAUUUUGUUAAAGAGAAUCAAAUACAAUUUGAUAAGAAAACAGGUAAUAUGCAAGCUAGGGAAAGGAAAGUAGUUGCAAGAACUUUACAUAAAGCUGGUAUUGUAGUACCAUACAAUAAAAAAACCGAAUUAGGAUAUAGAAAUUUGGCAGUGACCGAUAGUGAAUUACGAAAAAUCCUGGAUCAAAUGAAACAAGCUUCAACAGACGAAGGUAGAAAAACGCCGCUGUCGAAAUUGGAGGAAGUAAUAAGACUGGCAACGAUCGCUGCCGAUGAAUGUGAUUUUGGCACCUGCUUAGAAUUAGGUCAUGAUUUAUUUACCAGCGGUGUUUCUAUCGUUCAAACGAAAGCUCUAAACAUGCUUUCUCUCGCGUAUACUCUUUUACAAAGGCCGCAAUUUCUGGAAAUUGUUGAGGCGCAUUUGAAAGGCAGAACGAAAAGUUUGAAUCCAAGUGUCCUUUCAAUUAACAAUUAAUGAAUAGGAAUAAAAACAAUCGUUACUUUAUUGUAUUUUAAAUUGUAACAUAUGAAAUAACGAAAAAAAAAAAUUUA